AUGUCCUUCCCCUCCGCCCCCCUCGCCAACACCAGGCCCGGCUCCUCCCAUUCUUCUGCUAGCCGUAUCUCUCCCUCUCCCACCGCCCGCUUCAACCGCGUCACCCUCCGGCACAAAUCUCACACCUCCUCCCAGAUGCAGCAGAACAAAGAGAGCAAGGACGCCACUGUUUCCACGACAGCGACGACGACGGAUGCUGACCCGACUAAGCGCAAGAAGUCAGUCCGGUUUGUUAAGGGGCAUGUUAUGAUUCCUGAUGAUUCGGUGGAGGCGGCUAAGACGCGUCCGAAGGGAGGACACCUCCGGAUUAGUGUGGGACAGCGCGGCCAGGCCGAUGGUGAGGAUGAGGAGCAGGAAGAGGAGGAUGACAGUGAUAGCGACGUGCUAGUACCAGGCGAGGAAGAGGACGACGAAGAAGUAGAAGACGACGGCGAAUCUACCUCCCUCCCGACUCGGUUGUCCGACAAACCUGAUACCCCCCGCACACCACACAGUCCUCUGCCUUUCUCCCUUAGGAACCGCAAAGGUGGGAUCGGUCAUCGGCGGUUCUUUCCCCCUGCUGGGGUAGACACCACGAGCACUACCUCCUCCAACUCACCCCCAUCAUCCCCCACAUCAUCCACAGCAAGCGCAGUAAGGGAAUCAGCCCCAAGAGAAGGAAAAUCAACCCCCUGGCGCAAAACCCCCCGUUUUCGAGGCAGCGGCUUCAUCCAAGUCCUCGACGACCCCAUCCCGGCCGGUCUCGCACUCGCACGUACCGCCGCCACGAAGCCGGGCGAGAUACGGCUGCCGAGUGAUGCGUGGCGGGUACCUGUGAAGCAUACCCAGGGAAUGGGGGUGUCGGUGGGGAGCAGGGUGAUGGUUUUGAGGAGGGAGGCUGCUUUUUCUUAUACUGAGGAAGAGGAGGAGUGGUUAUUUGGGGGUCCUCGCAAUGUUGGGAAGUUGCGGUAUGAAGAGGGGGAGAGGGAAGCUGGGUUUUCGUUGGGGGAUGUUGACGUGGAACAGGUGGUGGGUGGCAAGGUGGAAAGGGGGUAUGUGGUCAAGGUGGUGGACAGCGCUGCGUUGCGCGGAGGGAACAAGCACAACAAGCAGGGCACUGAGGGCAGGAUUGGACCGAUCAAGACGGAGGGAGAAACAGAAGCUGGUUCUUCUUUUGUCGAGCCUGAGAGUACGACACGGUCACGUUCAUCUUCGCGGUCGUCUUCGGUAUCAGACACGGACAGCGACUCGGCUCCCGCUCUUUCGUCAACUACCUCGUCAGAAACGGUUUCGGUGGCUUCCGAUUUCUCGGAUUUGUCUGAUUUCGAACUGGGAGAUGAUGAAGGGUACGAUUUUGUCAAUGACUUUUCGCUGGAGGAGUUUGAGGCGGACGGGUGGGUGCCUGUGAUGAUUGCGGAGGACCGUAAGGCGGGGGAUAGCGACGACUGGAUGUCGUUGACUGGGUCGUGGAUGAAGCUUGGGGAGGUUGGAGAAGUGGGGAGGUGA